UGGAGUGUUCACACCAGUGAACAUGCAAGUUCCAGGAUGUUUUCCAUGGCUCCUUGCAAUAAUUCUAUAUUUUUCUGGACUAAUUUGUGAAUGUGGCGAAUCUGUGAAGACAAGGCAGAAAAGAAAUGUAUAUAAUGACCAACCUCGAAUAUCUUCAGAAAAUGGAAAUUUAAUAUUCUCUACAUGCCAAGCAAAAAACAUUGAGUUCAAGACUGAUUCUCAGGGGAAAGUUAAAAUCAACAACGAUGAUCUCACAGAUCUUUUGGUCCAGAUUGGAAAAAAUAAAGAAGAGAUUGCCACCCUAAAGGCAAAUGCCCUUGGGACCAAUCAGAGUUUUACAACUCAGAUUAACAAACUCACUGAAACGAUUACGGAUAUUGAAGUCAAAGUACAAAGUUUACAACAGGCCAUUAACAGAAAGUCAUGCGGCAGCAACCCAUGCCAGAACACUGGGACUUGCAUCGAUCUCUUGGAUUCCUUUUUAUGUCUUUGUACAAGUAGAUGGCAGGGAUCCAUCUGUGCAGAAGAUGUCAAUGAAUGCCAACUCUAUGAUGGUACUGCACUGGGUUGUCAUAACCAAGGACUAUGUAUGAAUACACCCGGAAGUUACAGCUGUUCCUGUCCGCCUGAAUGGUAUGGUCCACAAUGUACCUCAAGGUAUGAUGACUGCAAAGUGGAUUCGGGUGAUCUUUGUAUACAUGGCAUCUGUGUAGAUUUAGAUCGAACUCAGUUAAAUCAGCCCAAAUUCCGAUGUAUCUGUGAAUCAGGAUGGAUGUCGCCUCCUGGGAGUUCUGUCUGUAGUGCUGAUAUCAAUGAAUGCUUGCUUCCCAACCCUCCCUGCUCCCAGAAUCCUCCGGUACAGUGCUUUAACACACAAGGAUCUUUCACGUGUGGCACAUGUCCAGAAGGCUGGCAAGGAAAUGGCUACAGUUGCCAGGACAUCAAUGAAUGUGAUACAAAUAACGGAGGUUGCUCGGUGUCUCCACCUGUCAAAUGUAUGAAUACUAUGGGAUCCUAUCACUGCGGUCCUUGCCCACCAGGUUAUGACGGAGAUGGACAUACUUGUAGCCAAAAAGACGUGUGUUCCGUGAACAAUGGAGGAUGCCACCCGUUAGCCUCCUGUGCUCCUGCUGAAGAUGGUGUCUUGCCUAUUUGUGUCUGUCCACCCGGUUACGAUGGCAAUGGGUAUGGCUCCACUGGUUGUUUGCCCUUCAGUAACAUCUGUGAAAAAGACAACCCUUGUGUCAAUGGGGAGUGCAAGCCCGGUGUAUCAGGCUAUUUAUGUAAGUGUAAUUCAGGAUGGAAUGGUGUGAACUGUACGGAUAACAUCAAUGAAUGCUCCAGCAAUCCUUGUCAGAAUGGAGGCAAUUGUACGGAUGGGAUUAACAGUUAUGCCUGUAACUGCACAAACAGCUGGACUGGAUUCCAUUGUGAGAUCCCCAAACAAGCUUGUGGUGGGGAUUUAAGUGGUUUAUCAGGAACAUUAAGUUACCCCAACAAUCCAGGGGGCGAACAGUACGAACAUCUACUGAGCUGUACCUGGGUAAUCAGAACAGUCCCAGAUAAGAGUCUGCGUAUUACUUUCGAUCACUUCCAGUUGGAGGCCAGUGCUACAUGUGACUCAGAGUUCCUUGAAAUUCGCGAUGGAGAAUCGAUGUUAAGUGUUAAGUUAGGAAAGUACUGUGGCACAAAUGUUCCAGGAAAUGUUGUGAGCUCCCAUAAUUCCUUGUUCCUCUGGUUUCAAUCUCAAAGUAGCUCGAGUGCUGGAAGUUUUCAGCUUUCUUGGGAAUCCAUAACUCCAGAAUGUGGAGGUGACAUUUCUGGAACGUAUGGUUUAAUUGCCUCGCCUGGCUACCCUGGGAACUAUCCACCGAAUCGAGACUGCUAUUGGACAAUCAGCACUGAUCCGGGACUUUCCAUCACUUUUUCCUUUGGAACAUUAUACCUCGAAAAUCACAACACCUGUGAAAAUGAUUACCUGGAGAUUAGAGAUGGCCUGCUUCCCCAAGAUACAGUCCUUAAAAAAUAUUGUACUACUCAGUCACCUGUUCCACUCAAAACAUCUGGUCCUUACGCUUGGGUUCAUUUCCAUUCUGAUAGCUCAAUGUCCGAUAGGGGAUUUCAGAUCACUUAUACAUCAUUACCUGCUGAUCCUGGAUGUGGAGGGACCUUUAAUAACCCAGAAGGUUUUAUAACAUCUCCUUCAUGGCCUGAUGCUUACUCUGAGAGCAAACAAUGUGUUUAUAUUAUUAGACAAUCGUCCAGUGACCACAUUAAUCUAAGAUUUACCAACCUGGAAUUGGAAAGUGAUGGUGGAUGUUCUCUAACAUACAUAGAGAUAAAAGAUGGAGCUACAGAAACUGCUCCACUCAUCAACAAAUACUGUAACAGUUCGAUUCCUGCUUCCAUCACAUCGAGUCAAAACGCAUUGUGGAUAAAAUUCAAGUCAGAUGCUUCUGCCACCAGGUCGAGUUUCAGAGCAUUAUAUCAAGUUGCCUGUGGUGGAUUGCUGUCUGGAAAAGGAGUAAUUAAAACUCCCCUUUAUCCCAAUGCUUACUUUCGUGAAAAGACCUGUGAAUGGGUUAUUACUCAACCAAUAGGAGACGCGGUUUUGAUUAAUUUUGAUUCAUUCAAUAUACAACCUGGUGCAGCCUGUAGCUCUAAUUAUGUUGAGGUAAGGGAUGGUCCUUCAGCAGACUCCACACUCAUCGGUAAAUACUGUGGUCCUGAGGUUCCACCACCAGCUCAAUCUACACAGAGAGCCCUUUAUGUAAAAUUCACCACCGACUCCUCGGAAUAUAAUCGAGGGUUUUCAGCUUCAUUUAGCACAAUUAUUCAAGGUUGUGGAGGUACACUUACUGCUUCAGAAGGUGUCAUUGCCAGCCCUCGGUACCCAGAGGUGUAUCCUCAUGGUGUCAGCUGUACAUGGUUUGUCUCCAUCCAACCUGGAAAUUUUAUCCGUUUGACAUUUACAUCAUUUAACCUGGAGCAUUUUCAUGGGUGUGUAAAUGACUACCUGGAAGUAUAUGAUGGUGAUAUAGCUACAGAGAACAAGAUUGGAAGAUAUUGUGGCAGAUCUGUCCCCCCAACAAUAAACAGUAGUAACAAUAGGAUGGUUUUACUUUUUGUCACUGAUUCAGACAACGCUCUCGAGGGAUUCUCAGCCAACUAUAUAGCAGUGAAUGCAUCUACAGCAUGCUAUUACACAUACACUGAAGCAACUGGGGUAAUAAUGUCCCCAAACUACCCCAAUAACUCCCCCCGUGAUACGGAGUGUGUUUACACAAUCUCAGCAGAACAGAACAAACAAAUUUUGUUGAAUUUCACUCAUUUUACCCUAAGCAGCUCUUCAAACUGUCAACAAGAAUACGUAGAAAUCAGAGAUGGAGGCUAUGAAAUAUCACCGUUAAUUGGUAGAUUUUGUCAGCAAUCACCUCCUAUAAUUAUUUCCCAUAGUAGCAAUCUAUGGGUAAAAUUUAAAAGCGGUUCCUAUACCUAUGCUACUGGAUUUUCAGCAAACUGGGACAGCGCCCUAACAGGAUGUGGUGGAACCCUUAGUUCCUUGUCUGGUGGUUUCACGUCUCCAAACUACCCUAUGCCAUAUCACCAGAAUGCCGAGUGCUAUUGGCUGCUGAAAGCAUCCAGUGGAAGCAUUUUGGAGAUCAAGUUUGAAGACUUUCAUUUAGAGUAUGAUUCAGCAUGUCGGAAAGAAUAUCUUGCUGUCUAUGACGGUAAUAACACAAACUCACACUUAUUGGCAAAACUCUGCGGAAAUCUUCUACCAGAGCUGAUCUUAUCUACAGCAAGCAAUGUCUACGUGAAGCUAAGAACUGAUAAUUCUAUAGAAUAUAAUGGCUUCUUUGCUACAUACAAGCAAAUUUGCAAUGGAGUUCUGAUUGCAAAUCGACAUCAUGGAAUCUUGGAAAGCCUAAAUUAUCCCAACCAAUAUCCUGCAGAUCAACACUGCAACUGGACUAUACAGACAACAUCUGGGAAUACAAUAAACUAUACAUUCACAACAUUCCAAUUAGAAAACAGUUACGAUUGUUCUCGUGAUUAUGUCAAGCUCUAUGAUGGUCCAAAUGAUCAAUCCAGGCUCAUUGGCACAUACUGUGGUAAUACAGUGCCCCCCCCAGACAGCACAAAUAGUUCAAGCCUCCACGUGGUAUUCCAUUCAGACAUCUCAUAUAGCCAAAAUGGAUUUCAGAUGCUGUGGUAUGUCAAUGGAUGUGGCGGAGAACUAUCUGGGCCUACUGGCUCCUUCACGAGCCCUGGCUACCCCCUGAAGUAUCCUGGCAAUAGAGAAUGCAUUUGGUACAUACAAACAUCUCCCAGCAGCAGUAUCCAAUUAACAAUUGUGGACUUUAACAUAGAGUAUCAUUCGACAUGCAGCUAUGACGUGCUGGAGGUAUAUGGUGGACCUGGGAUACUCUCACCAAGACUGGCUCAACUGUGUGCUCCUCUACAGCCAGGACAUCCUUUGCAAGUCUCUAGCUCUGGAAAUAUGAUCACAGUAAGAUUGAAGACCGAUGCAUUCGUCAGUGGCAGAGGAUUUAAUGCUACUUGGCAUGAAAAUCCUGGAGGUUGUGGAGGGAUAUUUCAAGCUCCUAGUGGGGAGAUCCAUUCUCCCAACUACCCAAGGCCUUAUGAGGACAAUACGGACUGUUCAUGGGUUAUUCGAGUCAAAGAUGGUCAUAGAGUCAUCCUUAACUUCACCGACUUUGACGUUGAAUUUCACAAUUCAUGUGAAUACGAUGCUGUUUCUGUUUAUGAUGGAGAAAAUAGUGAUGCUCCAGUUCUUCAAAUUUUAUGUGGAAGCCAAGUCCCCAGUGCAAUUAUAUCUACUCAAAACACAAUGUUUAUCCACUUGCGGUCAGACCACAGCGGACAGCGCAGAGGAUUCAGCUCUCAAUUUAGUGAAGCAUGUGGAGGCGUCAUCGAGAGUGAUUCUACUGGAGGAACGAUAUCCUCUCCGUUAUACCCGGCCAAUUACCCAAACAACCAGAACUGUGUCUGGAUAAUCCGAGCACAGGAGCCUUUGAGUCACAUUACCCUCUCUUUCACGGACUUUGUCAUUGAAGACAGCAGCCGUAAUUGUACACUUGAUUAUGUUGAAAUUUUAGAUGGGGAUAACUAUGAAGCACCCACUCAAGGUCGUUACUGUGGCAAUACAAUUCCGCAUCCUAUAACCUCUUAUAGUAAUGCCCUUGUGGUCAAAUUUAUCUCUGAUGGGUUUAAUCAAGCCAAAGGAUUCCAUGCAACCUACCUGGCGUCUUCUUCAGCAUGUGGAGGCACAUUACAUAUGGAAAGUGGAGCCUUUAACAGUCCUAAUUAUCCAGAGGAUUAUCCAUCAAAUACAGAGUGUGUUUGGAAAAUUCUCAGCUCUCCUGGCAAUCGACUCAUGCUUUCUUUCAUGACAUUCUCUCUGCAAAUAAGUGAUAAUUGCACGAAUGACUAUGUGGAAGUAAGAGAAGGGGAUGAAACCGGCAUGCUCCUGGGGCGUUACUGUGGAUUUUCACUACCAAGCAAUGUUACAACUAUCACUGGACAUAUCCUAUGGAUUAAAUUUGUGUCUGAUCAUUCUAACAGUGGCUCUGGGUUUAGGGCCACAUUCUCUCAUUUAUUUGGAAACAAUAUUUUCGGAACUCAAGGACAAAUUGCCUCCCCACUGUGGCCCAGAAAUUAUCCUCAUCAUUCCAACUAUAUUUGGACAAUUAAUGUGGAAUCCACUCAGAUCAUUGAGGCCAUGAUUCUGGAGAUUGACAUUGAAGAACAUUCCACUUGCUCCUAUGACAAGUUACAAAUAUAUGAUGGUCCUAAUAUUCACUAUCACUUACUUGGAACAUACUGUGGGGUUACCCCACCUCCUUCCUUAUUCUCCUCAGCAAGUUCAAUGACCGUGGGAUUUGUAAGUGAUAAUAGCAUAAGCAAAAAAGGCUUUCUGCUGGAAUGGCUUGCGAUUGAGUUGCCAUCUGGACCAUUACCUACCAUAGCACCAGGUGCUUGUGGUGGCAGAUUAAUUACAGGAGAAACACCUUUAUUUUUCUUCUCCCCCGGAUGGCCAAAUAAUUACGCCAAUCGUUUGGACUGCACUUGGGUUAUCAGAUCACCAGAGUCCACAGUGGAGUUAAACAUCUUGUCUUUAGACAUUGAAAAAUAUCGUUCCUGUAAUUAUGACAAGCUAGUCAUAAAAGAUGGUGACAAUAACGAGUCUCCAGAACUAGCCACCCUCUGUGGCAGAGAGCUCCCUGGACCAAUCAGAUCAUCCGGCGACAGCAUGUUCGUUAAAUUCACCUCCGAUUCAAGCGGCUCUGGUCGCGGCUUCAAUGCGUCCUACCAUAAAAGUUGCGGUGGAGCUUUACAAGCCAAUAUAGGAGUAAUCUCUUCUCACAACUAUCCAGAGAAUUACAACCCAAAUCUAAACUGUACAUGGCAUGUAAGAGUCUCCGAUGGUUACACAAUUCGUGUCGAAUUCGACCGAACAUUUGAAAUUCCCAACAAUGAUGGCACCUGCAGCAGCGGUGACUACAUUGAACUUAGAAAUGGUCCCGAUGAGUCAUCGCCUUCAUUAGGACAGAUCGGGGGAAACGGAAAAUUCUGUGGUAGUAGCACGCCAUCUACGAUGCACACAACUGACAAUGAGCUUUUUGUUCGCUUCAUUUCUGACAGCAGUAAUGAGGGCAAAGGAUUUAAACUCACAUACCAGGCCAUGAAUUUGGCAUGUGGAGGAACAAUUUAUAUCAGCGACUCUAAUCCCACUGGAUAUAUCAUUUCACCCAACUAUCCAAACAAUUAUCCUCAAAACUCUGAUUGCAUAUGGACCAUCAUAGUACCAGAUGGAGAAUCGGUCCAGCUUUCUUUUCAAGAUCAAUUUGAUAUUCAGCCAUCUGAGAGCUGCGACUCCAGUUACCUGGAAUUACGCGAUGGUGCUGAUUUCAGUGGAAGGCUUCUUGCUAAGCUGUGUGGCAAUACUCUACCAGUCACCUACAAAUCACUGGGCACGGCCAUGUACCUCAGAUUUAGAACCGACAAUAGCCCAACCCAGAAAGGAUUCAAGGCUAUCUAUUCUACAGCUGUUUGUGGGGGGACUGUUUAUGGACAAAAUGGCAUCAUACAAAGCCAAGGAUACCCAACGAAUAACUAUCCUGAUGAUUCUUUGUGUGAAUGGUACUUUAAUGGGCCAACAGGACAUUACCUCACAAUACAAUUUGAAGGCCUGGAUAUUCAGGGAUCUAUAAACUGUUCACAGGACUUCAUUGAGAUCCGGGAAUAUAAUGUAUCUGGGAGAUUGUUGGGAACUUUUUGCGGCAGUACAAUACCAGGUGAUAUGGUGACCUCUGAUAGCUUUGCGUAUGUCAAGUUUGUUAGCGACGGAUCUGUAAACGCUAAAGGAUUCCGACUGCGAUAUGAUUCAAGUGUUGAAGAAUGUGGUGGAGAUUAUGCUGGCCCCAGCGGAACAAUUCGUUCACCCAAUUACCCCAAUAUGUACCCUCACAAUCGAGUAUGUGAGUGGAGGAUAACAGCACCCUUAGGGAAGCGCAUCACUUUAACGCUAAAUGAUCUAAGACUUGAAGAUACACAGAACUGUGACAGUGACUACAUUGCUGUUUACAAUGGUUUUCAGAACCAGUCACCCAUUAUAGCGAAGCUAUGUGCUAAUGUAAUUCCCGAUAUGGAAGUGAGAUCGUCUGGGAACACAAUGAAAGUGGUUUUUGUUACAGAUGGAUCAAUUUCCAAUGGAGGCUUUUUGGCAACUUACAGUUCAAUGGAAGAUGCAGUUUGUGGAGGAGAACUUAUGGGACCUAACGGAGGAAAUUUCACAUCCCCUGGAUUCGAUAAAGUCACUAAUUACACAAAGAAUCUUAAUUGUGAAUGGGUCAUUCAAAAUCCAAAUACCUACAAUUCAUCUACUUAUAUCUCAUUUUCACAAUUACAACUGGAAAAACACCAGAACUGUCAAAAUGACUUUAUAGAGUUACGUGUAGGUAAUGCAGAUGGACAAUUAUUAGCCAAAUUAUGUGGACAAACAAAGCCCAGGGUUCCCCUUAUUAUUGUUGCGUCCAAGAUCUGGGUUCGUUUCGUGAGUAAUUCGGAAGUGGAAGAUAUUGGGUUCGAAGCCAGCUAUUUAUUUACAGGAUGUGGUGGGAUCCAAAAUGGCAUAAUGGGUUCUCUUACCAGCCCCAACUUCCCUGCAUCUUACCCCAGUUUGAGCCACUGUGCUUGGCUAUUGGAAGCGCCGGAAGGUGAUACCAUCACUCUAUCUUUUGGAUACUUUGAUGUAGAAUCUCACGCCGUCUGCCGUUGGGAUUCCGUCACUAUAGUCAAUGGAGCCUCCACAGGAUCACCUCUAAUUGGGCAAUAUUGUGGCACCACAUCUCCUGGAACCAUUCAAUCAGGGUCUAAUAAAUUAUUGGUGCUCUUCAACUCAGACAGCACAAUUCAUGGUGGAGGAUUUUAUGCCAAUUGGACCUCAAAUGCAUUAGGAUGUGGUGGACACAUUCAUGCAGAUACUGGGUACAUAAAAUCUCCAGGUUGGCCUCAAAACUUCCCUUCCAAUGUCCGGUGUACCUGGACAAUACAAGGACACGUGAGCAGUCACUUCGAACUUGUCUUCCAUAACAACUUCAACAUUCCAGACAGCAGUGGACACUGUGAGAGCAGUUUUGUGAAGGUGUGGAGCGAAGCUGAUGAAAGUCAAGAAGACCUUCUAGCCGUGGGCUGCGGAGAUUCAGCUCCAGCCCCUGUGAUUUCUCCGAGAAGUGUAAUUAAAGUAACUUUCCAAUCACAAGCUGCACCAGGAAGUGGUUUCUCGGCAUCCUUCAUCAGCAAAUGUGGUGCUAAUUUUACUAAAUCAAGUGGUGGAAUAAUUUCUCCAAAUUACCCAGACAAAUAUGACAACAAUUUGAAUUGCAACUAUAGUAUCCAUACAGACUCCGAUACGUACAUUGUCCUGACCUUUCAGAAUUUUGAACUAGAGUCUAGCUCACCUUGUAAAGACACUGUCAAAAUCACCAGUGAUGUAACAAGUUCUACAUCUCCAAUUGCAACUAUUUGUGGUAGCUCCAUCCCAUCCCCCAUCAGCACAAGAGGAUCAAUGUCAAUUAAUUUCUACACUAACAACGAUAUAACCAUGCAUGGAUUUAUGGCUUACUACAGGAUACAACCUUGUGGAGGAACGUUUAAUGCCUCAACUGGUGUCUUAAGAAGUCCUACUUAUGCCUUCACCAAUUACCACAAUAAUAUGAACUGCACAUACAGUGUCACAGCCCAGGAAAACAAAAUUAUUGAACUAAGAUUUAACGAAUUUGAUUUAGAAGCAUCAUAUAAUUGUAUUUUUGAUUAUGUCGCUGUUUAUGAUGGUCCAAACAGCUAUAGUAACCUAAUUGGGAAAUUCUGUGGGAACGUUCUACCCCCGGUGAUACGAACCUCGAGCAACAAAAUGUUACUUGUCUUUAUAACAGACCGUGGGGAAACUAAACGUGGAUGGAGAGCUUCUUACAGACAGACAUUAGGGCCUCUACAAGGAUGUGGUGGCUACCUUACUAAUUUCACUGGAGCAAUUGUCUCUCCGGACACAGAUUCUGAUGGGAAAUAUGACAGUAAUUUGGACUGUGUUUGGAACAUUGCAGCUCCUUUAAACAAGCAGAUAAAUCUCACAUUUACUUCUUUUUACCUAGAAGCCUCUUCUUCCCGGACAUGCGUGUAUGACUUCGUAAAAAUUUUUGAUGGUGACAGUUUAAACAGCACCUUGCAAGGCACAUAUUGUGGUUCUGAAAUGCUGGCACCUUUCCUUUCAACCACUAACUUCUUGACGAUUUGGUUCCACACUGAUUCAUCUGCAGAAAGACAAGGCUUUAAUGCAACAUAUUUAUUUACUGAUUUAUUAUGUGGAGGAAUAUAUAAUGCAACAUCUUCGCUGAUCACCACAACGUCACCAAAUUUCCCUAAUUCCUAUCCACCCUUCACAAUAUGUGUUUGGACAAUUGAUGCGCCAGACAAGGAAAAUGUAAAGCUUGACAUACAGACAUUUCAUCUUCCAAGUCACGUAGACUGCUCAGAAAACUAUCUAGAGAUCAAAGACUCGCCUCAGGGUGAAUAUGGCCAAGUCCAUAAGUAUUGUGCAAAAGAAACAUUAAAAAUUAAACCAUUUUACACUUAUGGUCGUACAGCAAUUGUCACGUUUAAGUCACAAGAGUAUUUACCUGGCAAUGGACUUAGUUUUACAUACCAAGUUGCAAAUUGCAACCGUGAGUAUAACCAAACGUUUGGUUACUUAAAAAGCCCAGGAUGGCCAGGCAACUAUCCGCAUCAGUUAGAAUGCAGCAUUAUUCUCAGAGCUCCUGAGAACUACAGCAUUUCUCUUUUCUUUGAUUCAUUUAAUUUAGAGACUCUGUCGUGCAUGGACUACCUGGAGGUUAGAAAUGGCAGUGAUUCGAAUUCCCCAGUGAUCGGCAAAUAUUGUAAAGAUACCUUGCCAAACCCCAUAUUUUCUAAUAACAAUGUUCUACAUUUGUUUUUUAAAAGUGAUAUCAUUGUUUCUCAUCGCGGGUAUGAAAUCACGUGGACGUCAUCACUGACUGAGUGCGGAGGAACACUUUUUGGAGACCAUGGCUCAUUUACUAGUCCCGGUUACCCUGGUACCUACAGUAACAGCACAGACUGUGAAUGGUACAUACUUGCUCCACUUGGAAAAUACAUUAGUUUAAACUUUGCUUCAUUCAACAUUGACGGACCUGGAGACUGUGAACAAAAUUAUAUAAAAGUUUACAAGGGGCCAGAUGCCUCUUUCCCACUGAGUGGACCAUUUUGUGGAAUGGGAAUGAAUAUUGCUACAAUCAACUCAACUUCUCACGAAAUGUUUAUUAAGUUCCAUUCAGAGUAUGCAUCGUUACCUUCUGGAUUUAGACUGACCUGGUCCACCUGAAAUAGGAGGAAAAAAUCUCACACAACUGCGUACUUGGAAAUAGAGAUUUGAAAUACAAUUUUAUUGCUUCUAUUUUGCACCUGGAAUGUGAAAUACAUUAAAAAUUUCAGAAAACAAUCACUACCCACUAUGCCGCUCUUCAUCACACUGUUAAUGAUCAUCAUUUUUUUUUAUAUACGUUCUAGUGAAAUCUCAUAAACACUCUCCGCAUCAACCUUUUAAGAGGCAACCUGUGUCGAUUUUCUGUAAAUAAAACAAGCAUCAC